GGUGAAAUGCAGGCUCUGUGUGUGAAUGGUAUGAUGUGGCAUGACAUGUUUGCUGCAGCCUUAAAUACUACGAGGAACCUCACUAAUGCUAACUGAAACUUUGUAACUUCACUUCCUCCUGUUGCUCAGAAUAUACAGAAACGCCAUCAUAGCUUUUCACACACUCAGAGUUACUUUCACAUGCAGGCUCUCGGCACUGUGCACAGAAAUGGACGACACUGCUCAAGGAGGUAAAGCAUAUGGUAUUUUAAAGUCUCAACAGGAAGAAAAACUGAACUCUAUCAAUGAGGCUUUUCUCUCAGAUCCCCAGUAUGCUGAAGAGGAAGACCUUAGCUCAAAGCUUGAAAUGUUUAAACAGAAAUACAUGGAGUUUGAUCUGAAUGACAAAGGAGAAAUAGAUAUAAUGGGAUUAAAACGAAUGCUGGAAAAACUCGGACUGGCCAAGACUCACUUAGAGCUGAAAAAGAUGAUGGCAGAGGUGGUUGGAGGGACAUCGAAAGACACUAUCAGCUACAAUGACUUCCUGAAUAUGAUGCUGGGCAAAAGAAACGCAAUUCUAAAACUGAUCUUGAUGUUUGAAAGCAAGGGAAAGGAGCAGGAGGCUAAAGAUGUUGGACCACCUCGUCGCAAAACCUUUUCAGACCUGCCCUGAAGGAGCUCUCCAUCUCAGCAGGGAAUGCCUGUCAAUAUGACUUCUUUUUUUUUCUGAUUUACACAUCAUCUAAAUGCUUUGAAAUUCAUGUCAAUUGGAAAAAAACACACCAAACAUAUUGUGAAUUGUGCAAUUUUCAAAGAAAUAAUUGAAUCUACACCAAAUGUUUGUGCAUUCUGUCUUGUGUGAUUAUGACCACAGUUCAGAUAUUCUCACAUUAUGAGCAACUUAAUGCUUUCUAAUUACUCUAUGAUAUUGCUAGCUGCUUAGUUAAAUACAAAACAUAGCCAAAUUAUGUAUGGAACCUGCAUGAGAGUGGCCAUUACCAUGUCAGACAAAAUACCACAAUAUAUAACGUUAACAAAAACAUACUACCAUCACAACAUUAACGUUUGAAUGAAGGUCACCUAACGUUACAUUAUAGUUUUGCUGCAAAUUCAUUAAAAAGUGAAUUGAAAUA